AUGCACAAAUUUCUAACUGUCGUACUGUUAUGCGUGCUGAUAGCGGCCCAGAAGACGGAAUGGGACUCUCCAGAAAAUUUGCACAUCUAUCGGAAUUUUCGUAAAUGGAUAUUAUACAAUUUUGGUGGAGAUCAGCUACAAAGACCUACAAGGUAUAGACUAGAGCACCUUCAAAAACAACUACCACCAGAUGUUCCAUUUCCCUGCAAUGUUGCUGGUGGCAGGUCUGCAAAAGUACCAGAUUCGGUUCACCGUUUAAGACCUGGUGAUAUCGAUGUGGUUGCUGCAAUGGGUGAUUCUAUAACAGCUGGUAAUGGUAUUUUCGCAAUGAAUUUGAUGCAGGUACUCAUCGAGAAUAGGGGAGCCGCCGCGAGUAUCGGAGGUCAGGGAAAUUGGCGAACGUAUUUGACACUUCCUAACAUUCUGAAGGAAUUCAACCCGAAUUUAAUAGGGUAUUCGCUUGGAGAUACGUACACCUCUAAUCCGGAUUCGCAGUUUAACGUAGCUGAAUUUGCUGCAAUGGCUAAGGACAUGCCCUUCAUGGCCAGAUACCUAGUCGAUAGGAUGAAGCAGGAUCCAAGAGUAAAUAUCAAAAAACACUGGAAGCUGAUCUCAAUACUUAUUGGACACAACGAUUUGUGUAAUGAGGUAUGUGUUGCGCCAACACCGUCGUCCAUUUUGGAAACUUAUAGAAGCGAUCUAGUCAAUACCUUGAGAAUAUUACGGAAUAACUUACCAAGGACUUUUGUCGUAGUUACUACGAUGUUUUCUCUCAAUAGAUACGUUGAUGUCAUGAAAACUCAACCAAUAUUGAGGUGUUAUAUUAUGACACGAUUUUUUUGUCCCUGUUUGUUCGGUUUGCAAUACCAAGACCGAAUAUCAGAAUAUUACGACAUGAUAAAAAGGUGGCAGGAAGUAGAAGAAGAAGUUAUUAGUUAUCCAGAAUUUAAUAGAGAAGAUUUCACUGUUGUGCUUUCACCUGUUCUUCAAAGUAUGUCAGCGCCACUUACGGAAGACGGACGGCCAGAUUUUACACAAGUAUCCAUCGAUUGUUUUCACCCCAGUCAAAAAGUUAAUGCACGAUAUGCUAACGGUCUCUGGAACAGUUUGCUGGAGCCAGUCGGUAAGAGAUCAAGCGAAAGCCGUCUAGAGUACGAAAGAUUUUUGUGUCCAACUCCGGAAAAGCCAUUUCUGAUGACGCGAGAGAAUUCACAGGAGGGAUGGGAAAAAUGAUACUUCUUAAUCUGUGGUAAAUACAUAAUGUGGGGCAAAAAUAUGACCUCCAAACAUGAGGAAGAUGUCUGCUAAAAC